AUGGAAUUGUCAAUAAAAUAUUGUUUUUUGAUUCUGUAUUUUUUUAAAGUUUGUUUUAAAAAUGACAUGUAUGUGUACUCUAAUACAGAUAGUAUGCAUUUUUCUCAAGCGGUUGCAAUAAUACAGUCACAAGUGGGCAUUAUCAAAGGUGUUCAAGUUCUUUAUAAUGAUAUGAAUCCUUUAACUGCUGAUCUAGUAAUCAAUUUAUCUUGUGAUGGAAUAAGGUUGAUUUUUGAUUCAGUUUCACAAAGGCUUAAAAUAAUAGAAGUUUAUAACAUGAAGUUAAUAGCAUUGAAAUACUGUGGUAUACUUUUCAAUUCACCAGAAAUAAUUCCAAGUAUAGAACAAAUUGAGCAUUCUUUCGGUGCUACUCACCCAGGUGUUUAUGACUUGGAAAAGCAAUUGUUUCAAUUGAAUUUUCGUGGUUUAAGUUUUUCAUUUCCUGCAGAUUCAAAAUUUGAGCCUGGUUAUACCCAUGGUCUUGGUUCACUUCAAUUUCAAAAUGGAUCUAGUCCGAUUGUAUCUAGGACUGUCAUUUAUGCUGGG